AGCCCUCCCGGCCCCAGGGGCGAUGCUGCUCAGUGGAGUGGGUGCUGCGUGGGCUGGGGGUCGACCAGUGCUUGUGUCUGCAGGUCCUUGAGCCUUCGAGGGGGGAGGUUAUUGAGAAGAGUCCGUGCCUCCGUUUACCCCGCCUCUUUGCCCGCGAGCGCCCGGGUCCCAGAGAAUUCACGGCAGCGCCCCGGAAAGGCCGUUCCGCUCCCGCGAGGGAAACAGAGCCGUUGACCAUGGUUGCAACUGGCAGUUUGAGCAGUAAGAACCCGGCCUGCAUUUCGGAGUUGCUGGACCAUGGCUUCCACCGGGAGAGCCUGCUAAAUGAUUUUGACUACUGGGAUUACGUUGUUCCAGAACCGAACCUCAAUGAGGUGAUGUUUGAGGAGACAACUUGCCAGAGUUUGGCGAAAAUGCUGGAGAACUGUCUGUCCAAAUCAAAGCAGACCAAACUCGGUUGUUCUAAAGUUCUCGUCCCGGAGAAACUGACCCAGAGGAUUGCUCAGGAUGUCCUGCGGCUGUCCUCCACGGAGCCAUGCGGCCUGCGAGGUUGCGUCAUGCACGUGAACUUGGAAAUCGAAAACGUAUGUAAAAAGCUGGAUAGGAUUGUGUGUGAUUCGAGCGUGGUGCCCACGUUUGAGCUGACCCUUGUGUUUAAGCAGGAGAACGGCUCGUGGACUAGCUUCAGGGACUUUUUCUUCAGCCGAGGGCGCUUCUCCUCUGGCCUCAAGCGAACUCUGAUCCUGAGCUCAGGAUUCCGACUCGUGAAGAAAAAGCUUUACUCCUUGAUUGGAACCACAGUCAUUGAAGAGUGCUGAAGAGCAGAGAUUUCAAAGGUCCUUUUUAUGAUUGGGUCCUUAACACUACGCAGCUGCUCCAAGAGAGUCAUUUAGUCACCCUGCCUGCUCUCUACGAAAAACCCCAAACUGAGUCAUCUCCCUUACAGGCUUCAUAUUUACGGCAACCCAACUAAAAGGCUGAGUUCAUGGUUUUUGAGAAAGGACCAGAGAACGUGUACAUUUUUUUGCCUAUAUCACAUGUUUUUACAAAAUGGCAUGGAAUAAAAGAAGCAGUCCACUUUAGUUUUAUAUUUGACCUUGCUUUUUCCAGGUAGUCUUGCUAAAUAGACGAUAAACCAAAUGUGUGUAAUUCAAUUUUCAUAUGGCUUUUUUUUUUUCUGUAUGUUUUAAGCAUAAUCCUUUCAAUCACAGAAACCUCAUGAUGCUUAGUCUGUCAAAACUUCCAGAAGCCCACACCGCUUUCCUGCCCCUACUCAAAUACAAAGGGUUCCUAGACUGGAGGUUAGAACUUUGUGGGUGAAUGUAAUUAAAACUUCACCCCAUGCAAGAGUGAUAUAUAAGAAAUGCCGGAGCAAGAACAGAACUACUUCUGUGUUUCUUUGCAUUUUCUCUAUGCUUCUGUUUUAGAGGUGGCAAAAGGCUGGAUUGUCAUCCAUGUAACCACAGUAUUGUUUAAAAUAACUGUAUGGUACAUUACAAGCUUCCUAUUUCUAGUUCUCAAAUACUCCCUGUUAUCUUUAAGCUAGAGAAGUGGAAAGGGUUGAACAGAUUUUUUUUGCAUACAGUUAAUCACUCUUCCUUCCCCUGAGGGCAUGGUGACUGUGUCAGGGGCUGGGGAGUGAGUUCUCAGAUCUACUUCCUUUCUCAUUCAUUUGAUAAUCUAGCUGCUUUUCAUUAUCGCAGAUGCUUACCUUCAGAGGAAGCAUCUCACCUGUUCAGUGUUAUCUGGCUCUGAUCUCUCCUGGGAACUGAGGGGUUUCUCCUUAACCUGAAUCUUCAAAGGAGAUCGUAGGUACAUGUUACCAUUUUCUUGAUCAACAUGGGCCUAUUUAUAAAGUCUUCUCUGGCUAAGGAUAGCUCGUGUACAGUACAGACCAGGGAAUGAAAUUCAUGGCCUAGAUAACCAGUUUUCUUCAGCCUUGGAGGCGUGUCCCUUGGGAACAAGAAAGGCCUGAUUUUUUUUUUCUUGUUCCUCCUAGGUAGGUCCUUAGCCAUUCUUGUUUUAUGUUAAUGAGAGAACGUAGCCUCCAGACUGCAGUAUUCAAUACAGCAAGGCCCUCAUAUUUUUGCUGUAAAUCACAGAGAAGGAUCUCGAUCAGGUCUCCUGCCCAAAUUAUUAGUACCACUUUAGGUGCCUGAAGCCAGGGUUAUAGGGACAAAUGUCUUCAUCCUGGUGUUGCUCAAAAGCGGGUGUGAUCCUGUUACAGAUCCUAUAUAUGACCUACAAUUUCACAACUCAAAUCAAGCAGUCUAAGCAAUCUAACUCUUCACCUGUUUGAAAAGAUAAGGUAAGGCAGAUUCUUACAGGACUGGGCCUGGAGCAGCCAACCUCGUUUGCAUGUCUGUUACUGUUUCAGGCUUAAAAGUCACCGUGAUUCUGUGGGCCUGGCUUCUCUGGCUUGGAUGUAGAACCAUUGUCCUUCCACUAACAGUCGUCAUUGGCUCUUGUCUUUUGUGCUCACAAAAUACUGAUGGCUUAUGGAGAUUCUUAAAUUAAUAUUCCUGUUAAAGGAAAUUAAAGUUUGUC